AUGAUGGAACAGCGGCAGAACCAGAUUUACCCGGCGAAUUUGACCGACUUGCUGGCGGUGUCGGCGUAUCAGCAGAACGUGGAUAGAUUGGCAAUUGACGGCGAAGACAAGUACAAUGCCGACGCGUUCGCCGACGGCCGUUUCGCCGACAAUGCUGAGCGGUCUUCGUCGCCUGUGUCGACGACUGAUGACGGUGAUAGCGAGUCGGCGUUCGGUGUUGAUUUGACGGGGAAGGGAACCAAUUUGGCGGGGAAAUCUUUCACGAUUGCCGCCAUUUUGGGGCUGACUAAUACAGAGGAGGAUGUGAUGAACCUGAGCGUUCAGGAGAGGCUGCAGCAGAACCAGAGACACCUGCAGAACUAUUUGUACGGUGGACACGAGAUGCAGAGGCUGAAUGAUGGAUUUUGCAGGAGUAUGAACGUGCCGACGGGUUUGCGACAAGACAGCGAGCGCACCGAGCUGAGGCCGCAGCAGCAGAUCAAGAGUGCCAGGAGCCACUCCAUGGCGUGUUCCAACAGCAGCUCCGGCCGAAGUAAAAGGAUACGCACGAUCUUCACUCCAGAACAACUAGAGCGCCUGGAAGCCGAGUUCGAGCGGCAGCAGUACAUGGUGGGCCCGGAGCGCCUGUAUUUGGCACACGCACUGCAGCUCACAGAAGCACAGGUAAAGGUGUGGUUCCAGAACCGGCGCAUCAAAUGGCGCAAGCAUCAUCUGGAAGUAACACAGCAACGUUUGGCUGUGUUACAGCGACACAGGCCGGACGAGCGCGAUGACGACAUGUGA